AUGUCGCUCGCCGGAUCAUCAUCUUCGGCUCUUCACCUCGACUUCCCAGCCUCGACGGGAUCGGGUGUGAUGCACUCUCGCUCUGUCACUGGCGUCCACGUUCACCCUGUCGCCCUCUUCUCCAUUCUCGACCACUACCUCCGUCGCAACGAUGGUCAGCACCGCGUCAUUGGCACUUUGCUCGGCACACGCACCGAAUCCGAAAUCGAGAUUAAGAACUGCUUCGCCGUGCCUCACUUGGAAGACGCGGAAGAGGGUCAGGUGCAGGUUGACAUGGAGUAUCACCGCAGCAUGUACGAGCUCUGCCAGAAGGUACGACCGGAUGAGGUCAUCGUCGGUUGGUAUGCUACUUCGCCAGAACUAAAUACCUACAGCGCUCUCAUCCAAGACUUUUACUCGCGAGAGACGGCGCCUCACCAAGCUGUGCACCUUACCAUGGACACUACCAUUGACGGUUCCAAGCCUUCCGGUCUCGGUAUCAAGUCGUACAUCUCGUCACCGUUGGGUGCAACCCCCAAGGCUGAGAACUGCGUCUUCCUUCCUCUUCCGACCAAUCUGCUUCACUCGACACCAGAACACUCUUCGCUUUCGCUGCUUGCCUCGCAAAACAUCUCGUCGCCCUUGACUGACCUCGAUGCGCUCGCCGUCAGCCUUAAGCAGGUGCAGUCACAGCUUGACCGUGUUCUCACCUACGUACGUGCCGUUAUCUCGGGAGAAAAGGAGGGUGACAAGGCCGUUGGUCGCUUCCUCAACGACACAAUCAGCGUCGUACCUGCAGGUUUGGACGACAACAAGCUCGAGACGCUCUUCAACGCCCACCUCCAGGAUGUGCUCAUGGUUUCCUACCUCGCCAACGUCGUACGAGCCCAGGCCGAGGUUUCGUCGCGUCUCACCCUCCUCACCUAA